AUGCCAGGUCUUCCGAUUCUGAAACUCCCGAUCAUUGUUUUGAUGAGGAUUCUGAAAACAAUCGAUAUUGACACAGUAUUCCCCAUCUCAUUAUGCUCCCGUAAAAUGUAUCACCUCGUUAAGAACUUUCGAGAUAAAACAGUUAAACUCAAAAUCAAAAUUUACGGAGCAAGUUCGAGUGUAAGGGUAAUGACACCAAACAAUUACUACCACGAAGUUUACUUGAUGUCUAGAGAAAAAGAAAAGUCUGGAAAUCUCGAACGAGUGAAUAUCAAUGGUCACCUGGUACCCAUUGAUCGUUCUAGAAAUCAGUGUGACUGGGAAACCUAUUGGGAUGAUGAGAUGGAGGGACUACAAUCAGUAAUGGAGUAUCUAUUGGAUCUUUUUGGAAUUAAGAAAGUUACUACAAUUUUAGUAACCCCGAAUACAAUGAGACUCCUGAAUGUGCUUAAAGAGCGACAAGGGAAUGAUUAUGAACUCUAUCUAUCCCAUCGAUUAAGUGAAAAAGAAUCUCAUUUCCUUUUGGAGAAAUACCCUGCAAAAAUAUUAAGAAUCAGUGGAUUACCGGACAACUUUCCAAUCGGAAAAUACCUUCAAACUGUCGACACACUAUGUGUUGGCACUAAAGUAUCGAUUACUCUCGACGAUCUACUUAACAUGAACUGUGUGGAUCUAUUAUUAUCGAAAAAUCGUUUCACUAGCACUGAAAUCAAGCGACUUCUCCAACACUGGGCUAUCGGAGGGUUCAAACGACUCAAAUACUUGGAAUUGGAUGUUGAAGACUUGAAUAUAGAAGACGUACUUGGAGAGUUGACUCACACUCGGAUGACGGAGAAGAGAGAGUAUAAGUCAAAGAGUGUACUUUCCACUUCUUUCAAUGAUCGAGAUCGUCUUAUUAGCCGGAAUGAUGGUGUCGUCGCUUCUUUUCAAUAUGACCAACAAUACAGAAGAGUUCAUUUUGGUGUCUGGCCGGAUUCCCAGGGAAAUCAAUACUAA